AUGUCUGCCUCCUCGCCCCCGCCGAGAGAUGGUCAACCAUCUUCGAAACCGCGACUCAAGAUCAAUGUUAGCCGAUCAGCAUCAUUUGCUGCGGACGCUCAUGCGACGCCGUCAGUCUCCGCUACAGCUGCGCCGGUAGCUCCAACACCAACACCGACCGAGGGUGGACGCAAAGUGAAGCUCAAGAUCGGGAAAUCACAACCUCCCACCCCUAUAGAACAACCUCCGACCAAAACUAAAGCUGGUCGGCAACCUAAGCCCACACAGAAACUCGUUGAGAGCAAGAAGCGCGCGCACGAUGAUCUGGACGAUGAGCUAGGGUCGGCGCAUCCAACUACGAAAAUCAAGCUUAAGCCGACCAAAUCGGGCCUCACUCCAACGGUUGUGGUGAAGCCGAAGGGACGCCCGCCAGUGCAUCCGCCAGGAGAUGGGUACGAUUCGGAAGCGAGCGAUCGGGAGAGAGACCCCUCUAUAGAGGAGCAGUUUGUUCUGAGAAUGAUGCCAGGAGAGCACUGCGACUAUGUGCGGUGGUGUAUGGAGAAUGGCAAAAUGGGCAUUCCUCGGAGUGCGGGAGGAGCAGACAUUCACCUCAAAUUCUUCGAAGAGGACACGCGAAGAGCAGUCGUGACGGUCAGGGGCCAGCCGUUCGCCGCUGUUAUGGUGGACUUGCCUACAAUUACCGAAGCGAUGAAGACGUGGGAUCGUAAAUCAUUCCUGAAGUCUGCAGAUAUCUGCCAAAUGCUUCUAGUCUACGCAAGAGUCUCCACCGAAGCCGAAGCCAGGACGACGCCUCUGCCGAGCAUGAUCGACCAGCACUUCAGAUGGCCGCACGGCCUAACGCCGCCUAUGCAUGACUGCAUGAACAGACGAUUUGCAAAGACCAUCAGCCGUAAGGAGAUUGAAGAUAAAGAAGCAGAGGUUGAACGCCUGCUCGCUGAGGACGCUAAGGCCGGCUCGACGCGCUGGGAAUGGGUUGAGGAAACCAAAGAAGACGACGACGAUGGUGCAGAGGAAGAUGCAGAGGGUGAGAUGGACGACAGUAUGGAUUACUUCCAGAGCCAGGACGUAUUCGGCGACGACAAUGACGACCUUGAGGCCGAUCUGGAGGCUGCUUUCGCUACGGGAGAGGCAGGUGAGGCGACUCCUGCUACAGGCAUGGAUGCACCUACGCCCAUGACGACCACGCAAGUCAAUACCCCUGCACCGCUCCAGGACAGCAUCGAAUCAGACGAGUCCGAAGAGGUUUCAGACGACGAUGAUGACGAUGACGAGGAUCUGGACGACGAUGCUCGUGCUCAGCGCGACGAGGAACAGGGUGUCAAGGAUAUCAUCAACGAUCUUAAGAAACAACUUGCAAACAAGCAGGCUGAGCUGGCUCGUACUACAAACAAGAUCCUGCGUACUCGCAUUGAGCAGACGAUCAAGCAGCUCAAGUCAGAAAUCGAGCUCAAGAACUCUUCUAUUGGUAUCGAGACUGAUGAUUAA